UAGAACACUGAACAUAGCGUGUUACUGCCUGGGUUUGAUUGUUUUCUGGUGAAAGAGUGUUCAAGGUUCACAUUGUAUACGUCAUGAGCUAUUUUCUGAGUAAACUUGUUCGUUUUAAUAGAAGCUCUGUGGUUGGAGCUGUUGGGAUCGUGUCUGUUGGUUCGACUCUACUCUUCUCCGAUGAUGAUACUCGUUUCAGAACGUUUGUAACUGCGCGGUUACCUUUGCCAUCACAAGAUGCGUCAUUGUUGACAUUGGCCGUGCCGAAUGAUUUGUUUCCUCCACAUUUGCCUUCUUUUGGUCAACAUGGAAUACUUUCGCUGUCAUCUUAUAGAGUCGGUCCUGGUUCUUCCUCCGACAUAUCCAAGGAAGCUUCUGGGGCUGUUCAUGAUGGAUCAAAACCAUGUGGUUGUUUUGGCAGAGAUACUAUUGCAAAUGCUGCAGCGAAAGUUGGUCCCGCUGUUGUUAAUAUUUCAAUUCCACAAGAUUUUUAUGGCGUUACUACUGGAAGGAGUAUAGGAUCAGGAACAAUCAUUGACAAGGAUGGUACAAUCUUGACAUGUGCUCAUGUUGUGGUUGAUUUUCACGGCUCAAGAAGUUCAUCCAAAGGGAAGAUUGAAGUUACUUUGCAAGAUGGAAGGACGUUUGAGGGGAAAGUGGUGAAUGCUGACAUGCAUUCAGAUAUUGCUGUUGUGAAGAUAAAUUCUGAAACCCCACUACCGGAUGCAAAGCUUGGUAAUUCAAGUAGGCUUCGCCCUGGAGAUUGGGUAAUAGCCAUGGGUUGUCCUCUUUCCCUUCAGAAUACUGUCACCGCCGGCAUCGUAAGUUGCGUUGACCGUAAAAGCAGUGAUUUAGGGUUUAGUGGCUUGCCGAGAGAGUAUUUACAAACAGAUUGUGCAAUUAACGUGGGAAAUUCUGGAGGACCACUUGUCAAUAUGGAUGGAGAAAUUGUUGGUGUGAACAUCAUGAAAGUGUUGUCUGCUGAUGGUUUGGGUUUUUCUGUACCAAUCAACUCUGUGUGUAAAAUUAUAGAGCAUUUCAAGAAAAGCGGGAGAGUAAUACGCCCUUGGCUUGGACUAAGAAUGCUUGAUCUAAAUGAGAUGAUUAUUGCGCAGCUUAAAAAAAAAGAUGCUUCAUUCCCAAAUGUCAGUAAGGGCAUUCUUGUACCAAUGGUAACUCCUGGGUCCCCUGGUGAUCGUGCUGGGUUCUGUCCUGGUGAUGUUGUCAUUCAAUUUGAUGGAAAGCCCGUCGAAAGCAUGAAGGAGGUAAUUGAAAUAAUGGGGGACAAAGUUGGUGUGCCCGUGAAGGUUGUAGUUAAAAGAGUGGGCGAUAAAUUGGCAACUUUAACUGUGAUCCCGGAGGAAUCCAAUCUCGAUUUGUAGAAGAUCCUUUAUAUUCUUGAAACGAACACUAGUUAUUAAUUUGAUGCGUUUGUUUUUGGCGGGUUCAAUUUUUACCAUAGUACCAAUUAUGUUGUUUAUUUUAUUAAAAUUAAUUUUAUGUAAAAUGAGUUGAGUGUAAGUUGAUUAUUUUUCAGAAAAGUGAAUUUCUUAAUUUGAUCAAA